CAUCUGAGGUUGACGAUGAGAAAUCAGACAUCCGUGACAGAGUUCAUCCUACUUGGAUUGACAGAUGACGCCAACCUUCAAGCUCUCCUUUUCCUUUUUCUGCUACUAACUUACGUCUCAAGUAUUAUGGGAAAUCUGACCAUCAUCAUUCUGACCCUGCUGGAUUAUCGCCUCCAGAGUCCUAUGUACUUUUUCCUCCGGAAUUUUUCCUUCUUGGAAAUUUCCUUUACCACUGUGUGUGCUCCCAAAAUGCUAGUCAACAUUGGAACUGGAGACAAGACAAUUUCCUUUGCCGGUUGCUUCACUCAGUAUUUUUUUGUCAUCCUUCUGGGGGCGACUGAAUUUUACCUGUUAGCUGCCAUGUCCUAUGACCGCUAUGUUGCCAUCUGUAGACCCCUGCAUUACACAACCAUGAUGAGCAGGAGACUCUGCAUGCAACUUGUCCUAUGCUCCUGGGUCUCUGGAUUUUUAGUUGUCUUUGUGCCACACAUAAUGACUCUUCAGCUACCUUUCUGUGAAUCCAAUAUCAUCAAUCAUUAUUGCUGUGAUUACACUUCCUUGUUGCGUUUGUCCUGUUCAGACACACAUAUCAUCGACAUGAUCGCAUUUUUACUUGCUGCAGUGACACUCAUCAUCACACUAGUGCUGGUCAUUCUUUCCUACACAUACAUUAUCAGGACAAUACUGAGAAUCCCUUCUGCUCAACAAAGGAAAAAGGCCUUUUCUACUUGCUCCUCUCACAUGAUUGUGGUUUCGCUUUCUUAUGGAAGCUGUCUCUUUAUGUAUAUAAACCCUUCUGCUAAAGAUGCAGCCACGUUAAAUAAGGGAGUAGCUGUGCUGAAUACCUCAGUCGCCCCUCUCUUGAACCCAUUCAUCUACACUCUGAGGAACCAGCAAGUGAAAAUCGCCUUCAAAGAUAUGGUCAGUAAAACACAUUUUCUUAUUUUAAGAAAGUGA